UCUUCUUCUCUCUCUCUCUUGCUCCCCUUUCUCUCCUUUCCCUAUCAAGUACCACACAGGGCGCCCUGUCCUUUUCCCAACGUCAAGCGGCAGCAUGGGGGAGGCGGGGGGGAAACAAGGGACCAUUUCCCACCCUGCCUACCUUACUUACCUGCCUACUUACCUACACUACAUAAAAUACCCUACAAUGCCAGCACACUGUCCAGAUGAGUAUAUUAAACCCAGUCGUCGUCCCAUUCUUUGCGUGCAUGUUCAAUCACUCAUCGACGUCCCCCUCGCCUGUCCUCUCCCAUUCUAUAACAGAUCCUGGGCCGAGUACCCUUAUUCAGUUGGGUGCUGUCAUUGCUUCUUCGACUCCAUCUCUAUGCAGGUCGGGCUCCGCAUGUGGUUCUGCUCCUCCUUCUCCUCCCCUCCCCGUCCCGCAUGUCUUCCUUGCUUGAUCAGCGUCAGUCCUGUGCCUCCAACCGCACCUCGUUCAAAUUCUCUGCCAGCCUCCGCGUCGGCACAGAGACAGAAGACGCACAUCGCGACCGCAAGCCGCAGCCUCAUCGGACGACGUGUUAUUAGACACUCCCAUUGAUCGGGUUGUAUUGCCCCGCUGCUCUGCCGUCUUCUGUCUUCUCUCGACCGGCGCUACCCACCACUCUACAUCUCUCUGCCUGGCCACCACUGCUUACCGCCCGUUGUCCCUUGUCUGAUACUCUCGGAACGCGCAGGCUGUCUGUCAGCUCGCACCCAACACCUAGCAUCCAGCAUCCGCACUGGGCACGGUCUCUGCCUUCCUCCCCGGAGGACUGAUGGCAUACCAUCACUCGAGCGGUUCUUCCGCUGCCUCGGGCUUCGAGUAUGCGCAGGUAGGCCACUCUUUCGCCUGUCGUCCGGGUGCCCCUCAGCUCAACGGCCCUCCCUUCCAGCCGUUUCAAGAAUCACAGUUCGACAUUUUCGAGUGGUAUCCCAAGUUCCAGUCGUGUCUGCGCUAUUUCCUGGACCACGCUCAGUACAGCGGGCCCAUCCAGGCCGUGGCCGCCUUUGUCAACAUCCAGCUCCCGUUCCAAAAGACCCACAACCCGGUCUUGUCUUCAAAACACACCGGCCCCAGCUCUCCUGCCGGUCCCGGUCCCUCGACGCCGUCUACGGCUCGCGCUGCUGGGAAGAUGCCGUUUGGUGCUCAGGUGCCGUCAUCGACCCAUUCGACGUUGACGCCUUACAUUCGCCGUCUGGUGGUCACCGGUUUCGACUACCCCGCCGUGUUACACGGUUUCUUCGGCGACGACUGGGUUGGGGGCAUCGGCCCCAUGCACGAGGCAGAGCGCCGCAACUUCUUGUUUGCCGCCAAAAGCGAGACGUGGCUCAAGGUCAAGUCCCACUACGACAUGGACGGCGAGCAGCAGGUUCCUUUUCUUCGGCCCCUGUCGAACGUGACCGAAAAGGAGAUCCAGAGCGCCGAAACCCAGUGGAGUGAGUGGCUCGCCAUGCAGGAUUGGAUGCUGGGACCGCGGGCUCCGGAACAGGAACCGAGGAUCAAGCAGGAGGAUGACCAGACGUGAGGCCGGCCAAGAUACCUCGACUCGCGUGACGCU